GAGGAAGUGAGUUUGUUUGAGAUUAAAGCGUAAACUAUCCAUACAGAACCAUAGAAAUCGAUUUAUCGCGCAUGGACGAUUUCGUUAGCUAAUGUGAAGGAUGUCUGAGAGCAGACAGUGUCUGUCAGUACUAUCAGGUUAAAGGUGUAGAUUGAGAUCACUAUCUAUAUCAUGUUGGACCACGCAGAUGUGAGUUUGACCCCACUGGAGAGGGUGCGGGCUUUGACAAAGAAGGGCAGCACGGUGGAUGUAAAUGAAGCUGUACCUCUUCGCAGAUACUUCCGCUCGGGCAUGGAGAUGAUCCGCAUGGCCCAUGUGUAUGCAGAAGAGGGCAACAUAGAGCAUGCCUUUGUCCUCUACAAUAAAUACAUCACGCUUUUUAUUGAAAAGCUCCUCAAGCAUCCAGAUUAUAAGCUUCCUAAUAUUCCUGAGAAGAAGGAGACUUUAAGGAAGUUAAAGGAGGUGGCCUUUCCUCAAGCAGAGCUUCUCAAAAAACAUUUACUUGGGAGAUACGAGAAAGAAUAUGAGGAGUAUCUCAGCAAAAAGCGUGCAGAAACGGCAGCAAUGGAGCGGGAGAUGUCUCGUCAGCGAGAGCUGCAGGUGGAGAGGCAGCGUGUGGCAGACAUGCAGAGGAAACAGCUGGAGCAGGAGCAGUUCAGCAUGUUCGAGGAGAUGAUACGUCAGCAGGAGCGUCAACGCGGCCGUCAGCCCGUCAUCCAUGAGCUCUGCACGCCUGCCUGUCCUCAGAAUGAGACGCCACUCAUCCCCGGUGUUCAGGGCCCACCGAUGCCCUACAUUUCAUCACCAACUCCCCCUGAGAGUCCACAGAAUCCUUCAGCCAAUCACAGGGCUCCAUCAGCGGCUCCUACAUUUGAUCGCACACUCAAACCGGGUCACCUCGCCAGCAACACUACAUUAAUAGAUGGUUUACGGCAAAUAUCCGUUCCCGCAGAGCUAUGCAGCAAAUUCCUGCGGCUGGCCAAUAACAACACCAUAAGAGCGGUGGAAACCUGUGGGAUUCUCUGUGGGAGAUUAAACAGGAACGCUUUUACGGUGACGCACGUUAUUGUGCCGAAACAGUGCGGGGGUCCAGAUUACUGUGACACAGAGAAUGAAGAAGAGCUGUUUCUGGUGCAAGACCAGUACAACCUCAUUACCCUGGGCUGGAUACAUACCCACCCCACACAGACCGCCUUUCUGUCCAGUGUAGACCUCCAUACUCACUGCUCCUAUCAGUUGAUGCUCCCAGAGUCCAUCGCCAUUGUCUGCUCUCCAAAGUUCAAUGAGACGGGAUACUUUAGAUUGACAGACUACGGCUUGGAGGAGAUCUCAACGUGUACUCAGACAGGCUUUCAUCCUCAUCCCAAAGAACCUCCUUUAUUUACAAGUGGCAGCCACAUUAUAAUCACAGAAGGCACUGUAUCAAUGCUAGACCUACGAUGAUCCUCUCUGGUCUUAACUGUUUUAAGCCGGAUCGCAGCUUUUCCUCACUAACUCCACGUGUGGACUUCUUUCACCGGUGAUGGGAUGUUAAGAGACAGACACACUAGUCUACAGAAGCACUUGUUUUACUCUAUGAACACUAAAAGUCUUAUACAAUGUCCUGUGGGAGCUCAGGAACGUAAAUACCACGGGACUGGAACACAUUCAUGUUUUACCUUGACCCCUGUUUGAAUCAAGUGUUUUGUUGCCCUUGGUUUAUUCGUGGUCUGGCACAUUAACAGAUCUUAUCUGUGUAAAUAACAUUAAAGCAAAGUGAUUAUUUUUAAACUA